UGUGGUCUCUGCAUUUCCAAAUAUCUCUGCAUGUUUCACGCCUUUCAAACUGUCUCUUGACACGAAGCGGAAUCAUUUCUCACAAGCGAGUGUCCGCGUGGACGUGAGGAUGGGACACACCUUGUUUGGUGCGUUGGGGCUUUUCUUGCUGAAUAUUCUCCUCUACUGUGGACACGCUCAAGAUGCUUUGCUGCAUAUUGAGCCAAACUGGUCGCCUUUAUUUACUGGAGAGAAAGUUACCUUCGUAUGUGACUCAAGGGAAGGAAACGACACUGACUGGAAUUACUCAUUCAGUCGGAAUGAUCAUUUCUUUACCACCAACAGAACAGUGAAUAGAUAUAAAUCAUCAUCUCUAACUAGAGGAGAUAGUGGUGAAUAUCAGUGUGUUGCUGAUCACAAGAUCCGUCCUGUUAGAAGAGAAAGUAAUAAAGUCUCUCUAAGUGUAUCAGGUGUCCCUCGUCUUGUCCUCACAGUGUCUCCAUCAUGGACGAGUCCUGGAGACUCAGUGACUCUGACCUGCAGUGUUGAACCUCCGUCUGCAGGAUGGAGGUUCUUCUGGUAUAAGGCUGUUCCACACCUGCCAUACAACUACAUCUACACCUAUGAGCUUCUAGCUGGUGGCACCACUGGGACUCAACAGGAUUCCUACAUUCUUCAUGGACAGACACACACAGCAGGAUAUGUGUGCAGAGCUAGAAGAGGAGAUCCUGUGUUUUACACGCUGUAUAGUGGUGUGAAGUUUGUCUGGUCUGGGGGUCACCAUGUUCUUACUUGGGAAAAAUGA